AUGCAAGCCACGACUAACUCUUGGCUAGAUGUCUGCAUUCGAUUGAGUGAGCUGUACUUCGAUAAUCUGGAGCAUUGCUUCCGUAUCCUUCAUCGGAACACGUUCUUCGAGCAGCUGAACGAGUUCUUCUCGCCGGCUGCGGCCCCUCAACAAGACUCAACUUUUGUGGUACAGAUGCUGGCGGUAGUUUGUAUGGGUGCAAUGAUGGGAAUCAAUAAUGAGUGUCAAGAUGUCUUGCGAGCUCAGAAUGGCACCAUUGUAGACAUGACGGUAUUGUAUAUGGAACAGUUUCUCGAGAGCAUGGGCUCGAAGAAGUACUACACUGUCUCCACCUUACAGACGAAGUUGUUGUUCCUUCUACUGCGCUGGAUGCGCUUGGAUAAGCAUAACGAUCUGUGGCGAGCGUCUGGCGACGUUCUCCGCCAUUGCUUGAUCCUGAAGAUGGACAAAGAUCCUGACGAACUGGCCGAAGCAUACACACCUCUUGAAGCAGAAUUGCGUCGUCGACUAUGGUACACGAUCGUCGAGGAAGAUAUGAUGCUGUCUAUACUACGCAACAUGCCCUGUAUGGUUCCUAGCUUCAGCACCAAGCCGCCUCUUAACAUCAAUGACGCCGAACUGCACAGUCACGGCCCAACUCCAACCCCUAGAUCUCUCGAUGAGUGGACCGAUUCCCUCUGCCAAUGUGUCCUGGCGGAGUCCGCCAAAGACCGCUUACACGCUUGCCGAGAUCUUCACUCAACGAAUAGUCUUGACUAUGCUCAUGUUCUCAGCCACACACGGUCAUUCGAAAAGAUACUCGACACCCUUCCACCACCACUGCGAUUCAGUCAUCAAAAUGAUGCGGCCCACAAGGUGCCGUCGCGACUUAUGGCAAGAAUGGAGCUUGACAUUUCAGUACGGCGUCCCCUCAUGCAUCUUUACGCUCCAUUCGCGCAUGCGAGUGACAAGAGCGGCGAAUUUGCGGAGGCGCGGGCCGGCUACCUACAGUCGUGCCUGAUGCUGGAUAUAUACCAGGAUUUGUUUGAUCCAAAGUACUCUGAAUUAGGCGUGGAGCGACCGGAAGGCUACUGGGAUUUCUUCUACAAUCUCUACAGAAGCGAACUCCAUCAGUCAAUCUCCGGCAUCUGUUUGGAGCUCAAGCGCAUCUCGAACUCGUCUUUACCAGAUACGCAAGGACCAAAUACUGGUCCAUUCAAAAAGCCGUCACACAACCGCGUCAGUCUAACUCGUGCAGUGAAAGAGUCACUCGAACCCAUGGUCCGACGCGUGAGUCGGCUCGGUAGCGAUGUCAAGCAACUCAGCUAUUUUACCAUCGUUUUCAACUCCGUCAAUACGGUUCAGUACAGCGAGGAAAACGUCAUCGAUGCGCUGGAGGAACUCGUUGCAGCUUGUCGAUUGCAGCUGCAGCGGAACGACAUUCCCAUUGUGGCUUCACAGAAAGAAGCUCCAACCGACUCUGCAUCCGGAUGGACGCCAGGACCUGGCAACGAUGUUUCGUGGACCAACUUGGCGGACUUCCCCUUCGAAUUCGACUAUGGCAACGAGUUGGGUAUCGCCUUCUCCUGA